UCAGCCCAAGACCUGACCGCCGUUGUUCAGGAAAACCUACAAUGGGGAACAACACAAACAGUGGUGAUGUGGAAUAUUUCUGUCCUGACAUAUUUGACUUUGCAACCAUCAGUGGUGCUUUCUUUAUUUUGAUCUUUAUCUUCAGUGUCACAGGCAACAUUCUCCUCUUAUGUGUUCUUGUCCUCUACGAGAAGCUGAAAAAUGUCACAAAUCUGUUUGUCCUGAACCUGGCCUUCUCUGAUAUCAUCUUCACUGUCACACUUCCAUUCUGGGCAGUUGAGAGCCUGCACCACUGGGUCUUUGGUGACUUUGCCUGCAAAUUUAUGACUGCAGCAUACUUUGUUGGUUCGUACAGUAGCGUCAUUCUGCUGACUGCCAUGACUGUGGAUCGUUUCAUAACAGUGGUGCUGCACAUCUGGCCGAGCAAACCUGUAAAGAGGCAGAUGUGUGCAAUGGCCGCCUGUGCAGCUGCAUGGACCAUCAGCAUUGCUGCAUCCAUAAGUGAUGCUAUCAAAGUAAAGGAAACCAACUUUUCCAAUUUUUACAUGUGUGUUUCUUCCUUUGAUGACUCUGAUGUCAAACUGGGAUAUUAUCUCCAAGUGUCACUGCUCUUUUUCCUCCCAUUUGUCAUCAUUGUUUUCUGUUAUUCUGCCAUCCUCAAGACCGUUUUUCAGGCUUCAAACAGAAAAAGGCACAGGACUGUAAUAGUGGUGUUAUGUAUUGUUACAGCCUUCUUCAUCUGCUGGGGACCUUACAACAUCUUACUUUUCAUUGAGUCUAUCUAUAAACUCAAAGGCUGUAACGCGCUUGAACGCUUUGAAAUUGCCUAUUCGAUUUGUCGUAUACUUGCUUUUUCUCACUGCUGUAUGAACCCUCUGCUGUAUAUGCUCUCGCAAAAGUUGCGAAGACAUCUCUUGCAGCUUUUACACUGUGGGAGUCCCAGGAGGAAGAGCAGGGAGCGAAGCACUGGCCAGAGCACUUCCGUUACUCAGAAUGUGACUUUUAUAGCACGAAACUCUACUGUUAUGUUGGAACUACCCUCCAACUAGACGUUCACUUUUGAAAUUAAACAAUGCAAUAUAGUUUGUUUUUAUUUAAUUUUAUUUCUACAAAAUAUAUGUAUUAUAUAGGUAUUAUUUUUAUGUCACUUUCUUGUAAAUUAACCAAGUAAUUGAUAAUAUGUAUUAAAAAAAAAAAAGGUAAAACACGUCAGUUUAUAUGAUGAUGUGUGGAAAGGCUUUCAGUGCACUUUCUCAGCCCCUAUGAAGGAACAUUGCUGUGCUGUUACUGUAAUAUGUUUUAAUAAAAGUAAGCUGGAAUGUUGUUGCUGGAGCUUUUUUAAACCAAAUGUUGUGACAUGGAAGCAUUACCUGAAAAAAGUCCAAGUGAGAUACAUUAACUAUAUAAGAAACGGACAAUACAAUUACUCACAAAAACAGCAAACAGGGAUACUGAAUGCAUGCUCAAGAUUAAGUUCCUUUUGCAUUUUAUCUCUUUGAAAUAUGUUACAGCAUAUUUAUCCAUGUAUCUAUUCAGUUUGGUAAAUUACUUGUGUAAAAAGUGAAUAG